AUGCCCCAACGCAACAGCAGCCGCUUCUGGAGGAAGCAUCGAGACCAACAAGCCAGCCGGCUUCGGUUCGCCCCACAUCAAGCACUUCCGUUCAGACCGAAGAGGUCGGACUUUGAUACCAUCGUCGCGGACACGGUCCAAGGACUUGCCGAACGUGCCAUAUCGGACGCUAUUGCUGGCCUUCGUAUUGAGCGACUUGAAAGCCGCAUCGGCAAAUCGACAGCCCAGCACAGCCACAUGACCAGAAGCCUCAAAGACGCGCUCAACGCCAAAGCCAAAGACCUCCUCGCGGCUGAAGAGCGCAUCCGCGAGCUUGAGAGUAGUCAUAGCAUCGCCGCUCAAAUAGAUUGGAUGCUGCUAAUCGAAGAAGUAUCGCAUCCGAAACAAGGAGCAGUGCUAUCCGCGAUACCAGAU